AUUGAUACUUCCAUGCCCAUUCAUUCCUUCAUCAUGAGUUCCUGUGACUUCGGACCUUGAAAUAACGUGAAAUCAAGAUAGCUCGCUGACAACCUCCCCAUGAUCCGUCAGCAUUCAAAGCACGAUUCUCAGGGUUGGAAAUAUAAUGGAUGCCUUGGUGAGCAAAUUGCUUGGAGAAGGACUGUUGCAGCAAUGCCAGUUUUCAUUCACAUGAUAUGAUGGUCAUUCUGCAUUGUUUGUGCUGUUUAGCAUCAACACCCUGCCAUGUCUUCUUCGCUUCUACCUCACCCCCACCUCUACCACCACCUUGACUCUAAAUCCACAUCCCUUGCCCAGCUAAACUGUUGGUCAAGACGUUCACUUUGAAGAAUCAUUAGCCAAAACAACUUCACGUGCGGAAAUCACAAAAUGUCCGACAUCGAAAUCAUCAAGAUUGAGAAACACUCCCUUGAAGUGCAGCACGACGGAGCCACUUCCUCUAUGGACCUCUUACAAUUCUGCCGCAACGCCGAGACCUGCCCUGCAGUAUUGUUCAAGCAACUGUGCAAUCAACAAAGGCUAUUUAGAACCCGAAUCUCGGAGUUGGAGAACAUUUUGGCUGCGAAAGAUGAUGUGAAGAAUGAGAGCGACUCCACAAUGAACGAAGCUUCUGAAGAAGAGAAUCUUUCUACAGCUCUACAAAUAGAAAAUAUUACCCCUAUUCAGUCGGCCGAGACCCCCGACCCUCCAAUAUUAACAGGCCAUAUGGCCCUGACUUUCGCCAAUUGGAAAUUUCUUAUGGAGAAGAAGCUUGCUGCAGAUGCGGGCCAUUUCGAUACCCCCGGGUCGAUCUCGUAUCUUAUUAGUCGCACGUCCGGUGAGGCUCAGGAACAGUUGCUUACUCGCCUUCGAAGCAAGUCUCUCCCUCCAAUCACUAACGUUAAAGAUGCGCUUCGAUAUCUUACCAUGCUUUACGAUGAUCCGAGACCGAAAGUCGAUCACCCUGUAGAGUUCCACUCUCUCCGUGGAGAAAAAAGCCAAUUUUGGAAUACCUUUCGAGAGUUUAUCUGGAACGUAGUCAAGGAGGAGAUUCCAGAGGCAAACUGGGGAAAGAAACUCUUUGACUACCUUGAAUGGACGUAUGACUACGAAGACAAGAGUCUUGAUUUCACUUGUGAUCUUCAGGGGGACCCCAAGAAGAUCGCUGAGCAAUUUUAUUGGUAUACAGUCAGAGAACGAAGGGAAGGUGAAGAUUUUGAUCCGGUUUGAAACAUAUCUUCUGAUUUCUCUUGGGUGGAUGACACUUCCGGGGGAUAUGUAUGACAGGGACAAACCUGAAAAGAUAAUGGUAAUAAGGAGUGUAAUAAUGUUUGAUCAGAACAAAAACAAUUUACAAUGCGGAUUAAAUGGUGAGCAAUUGGGAAUCAGGUUCACAACAUCAGGCUUCAUUCAUGUACCUACACUUAGUGCCUUGCCGUACUAAAAAUGAAAGUACCUGACUACUGAAAUAAUAACUACUUUAUGUA